AUGGCCGCAGACGAAGGAGGCGGAGAACAGGAUAACAACAUGGGGAACCACUUGCAGCUCAUUCCCGGUAAUGGUCGCUCCCGGCGCGCGGCGCGGGCCGGCCCUUCAAGGGUGGGCGGCGGGGGAGGCAGAAGGGCGUGCGAAGUCUCCCGAGGUAUUUGGGUGGGGGGCGGCGGCGCCUAGUGCGUGGCAAAAAGAAAUGGGGCGCUGCUGGGGGUGGGGGCAAUAAGACUCGGGCAAGGUAAAAGCCACUGGCUCCGAAGAGCUUCCUGGAGGAGGAGUGGGGUGGGGUGAGGGGGCCGGGGGGUUGUGACAGUUGGGGUGUGUUUAAAGAGGUUUGUGGGGAAGAGAGGAAGGAAAUAGGGGAGUGGGUGUAUCGGAAGCAAAGGAAUUGGGAAGGGGAGACUCUUAAGGAAACCGCAGCGCUAGGGCUUUUAGGAACUGGAGUUGCUUUGGGAGAAGGCAAGGCAUGGGUGAGAGCUGGCAGUUUCAGGAAUUGGGGGAGGGAAAAUGUGUGUAGUGUACUGGGUGUGGGGUGGGGAAGAGGUGGUGCCGAGGCCCAGAUAAUAUGGGUUACUGGAGCCCUUGGCGUAGGCAGUGGGUGUGGGGACAGGGACUGGGAUGGGUGGCCUUAAGUUGGAAAAGUGGGGUGUGUCUGGAGUAAGGGAGGAGAGGAGCUGACACAUUCCAAAGGCAAGGAAGGGUGAGACUGCGUUGGGAGGAAUUAGCAUCCCGCUGCCAUCUGUCUGCAUAAAGCUGGAGGAGCAUCUGGAACCACUCCUGCCUGCUCCUUAAGCAACACAGCAAACAGGUGGACAUAUGUGUGGGUUUUUUAUCGCAGGAGGAUGCAAGGACUUUUCCAGUUAGGUUUCUGCCUCUCUCCGGUGCCACUAAAGGCAUAGGAGUUGUGCCAGGGAACCGAGGCUGCAAUCCUUGGUUCCAAAGAUGAGUGCGAAGAUGGAGAUGGUGACCUGAAGGAACAGAAAGGGAAAAGUGCAAGUGUGGGCACUGGGAUGUUGUUGUGGACAGAAAAGGAAGGGUAGGGAAUUGUGGUCUUGAGAGAGUAUUGGAGCCUGGAACUUGAGGCAGGACAGAGAACUGAAGUGUUAAGGGAGGGUAGGGGAAAUCUUCCAGGGUCACAGAUUAAGAAGAGUCUGGAGUAAUAGUGAGGUAUCAUAUUUUGGCGAGGAAACAAUAAAGGCAGGAAGAUGGAUGGGUAUUUGUGACAUUGGGUGGUGAGGGAUCUGGCGUUUGGAAUGGAGUCAGGCGGGAAAUAUUGUAUGACUGGGGCAGAAAGAGAAUAAGCAACAUGGUACUGGAAAGCUGGUGGAGGUGAGAACCAAGAACAAGAAUAAGAAUCAAAAGUAGCAGACUGAGACAUAGGCCAUUAGGAUUUAAGGAACUGGAACAAGGGGGGAAAUGUGUAAGGCUUGUGGUAAGUAUUCACAAAUCUGCUGCUACUAUAUAAACAUUGUGCUGUAUAGUAGUAACAGUUCAGACUUGUAAAGUAGGAGUAUUAAAAUUUGCUUUUCUUUGUCAAACAGUAGUCAGCCAAAUGCCCCCAAGUGAUUGUGAUAUCUGUCCCCUGUGUGUCAUCAGGGGUAUAAGGCUAAGAAGUAAACCUUACACAAAAUCCAGAGUGGAGUCCCUAAGAUAGUUGGAUGGCACCUUGUAUGCCUACUUUUGGCAACUCAUGCAGCCAAGCUGGUGCCAGACAUACUGUUCUGCUUUCCCCCAUCAAUGAGGCUGAGUAGGGGGUCUUGUCAUUUGGGUAGCCCAGGACCUCCACACACACUUCCCAGGCUUGUGCUCCAGGGAGGUCACUUCUGUGCUAUCACAACGAUUUGACUUCACACUUGGAGGCGCACUCCAUUUUCUCCCGAAACAGAUGGAUGCCAUUGAUGUAUCUCCAGCAGGUCACUCACUCUGAAUUGUGAGAUGUUGUUUUAAGCUGUCAUAACUAAUCUCUGUGAUGUUGUCUGUCAAUGGGGAAUGGGGGGAAAGAUUGAUGAUAUGUGCUAAGGAAUGGUUCACAAUAGUUUUUAAAAUUACUAUUUAUCAUUUACAAAGCACCCAAAAUGUUCUAGGUACUAUACAGUGGUACCUCGGGUUACAAACAUUUUGGGUUACAAACUUCACUAACCUAGAAGUAGUACCUCGAGUUGAGGACUUUGCCCCAGGAUGAGAAUGGAGGCCCUAUUAGCGAAAGCGUGCCUCAGGUUAAGAACGGUUUCGGGUUAAGAACGGACCUCCAGAAUGAAUUAAGUUCGUAACCUGAGGUACCACUGUACAGAGAUUUAAGAACAAGAGUCCUGGCCUGCGGACUUUCACUUUAAUAGAUUCAGUAAAAAAGGAAUAGGGAGGGAAAGAGAAACAAGAAAAUGAAUACUGUAUGCUGUUUCUUGAAGUUAAGUUACAUAAUUGUUCUUCUAGUGACCAGCUGAAAUGGCUGCUGAGGAGAUUGUUCUGUGAUGAAAGAGAAAGUGUCAUAUGAGCAAAAGAGGUGCCAUAAAUUUGGCUGUGAUGAAUACAGGGUUUUCUGUAGUCAAUAUAAAUUUUGAUUCUGUUAAAAAACAAAACCACAAACAACUAAAAGCCCAAAUUGUUUAAAAUAUGUCUGUAGCAGGCCAUAUAUAUUUUAUCCGAAUAGCUUUCAGUUGGAUGUGCUGUAGUGGUAAGAGAAGGUAGCUUAGGGAAACAAUUACUGGUUUACUUUGAUAAGAGAAGACUCAAAGGGCUAUCUACAUUAGAUCUGUGUUCCAUUUACUAAUCCUUUAAUAUUAUAUGUGCACAAUUUUGUGGUCAUAAGACUGGUGGUUCUGUCACCCAAAGCAAUUCAGUUCAGGCAGCCUCUGUUAGGAGGGCAGAGCUGAAUUUCUGCGUGUUUCAAACUGAAAAAUAAGAAAAGGGGAAAAAUUCUGGCCACUUCUAAUUGGAAAAAAAUAGACCAUUAUCUCUUUUCUUUUUGUGGAGAUUAGUAGAAAACUACUCUUUGACACUCACACUAUGUCAUCUGCAACAGUGAUGGGGCUAGCUACUGACCAUAGGCUAUUUGCUGUUUUGCAGGGCCUACCAGCUUUCAGCUGAACACUGUACCCCAUUUACCCCAUUUGUACAAUGUCAUACCAUGUAGAGGGGUGACAGCUGGGUCUUUUUGAUGAUGCCUCAAUUAUAAGUAUCUGCUCACCUCAGACUUUAUAUUUUUCAUUUUUGUUUAAGGGGUUUUUACUUCACCACACAUUAUUGAUCGUUAGCAGUAAAGUAAGCAUUUCCAUUUUUUUAAAAAAAUCAAGACAGGCCUAACUGCCUUCUGCUAAGUUUUUUGGCAUGCAUAAUUAGUUAUGAGGUGUCAAGCACAGUCAGAUUCAAUACAUAGUUCACAAUAAAAUUAUUUUCUUCAUUGGGUUUAGGUUAGAAAUCAAAAAGAUUCCUUGCUUAUUAAGAACAGAAUGAUUCCUUACUACGUGUUAAAAACAAGUUAGCAAUAGUAGUAUAUUAUUCUAUUGAAUGAGUCGCAUUUCCUGAAAAGCUUUCACUUGGAAUAUACUUCAGAGAGGAAAUGAACAAGGUGAGCAGCUGGGUAUAUUGGAAUGGUUGCAAGAAAGUAAAGGUGGAAAGGAAAUGAAGGGAGAAAACAGCAUACUUUGCUUAGUCGUGUGCAAUAGGCUGGUUGCAUGGAUACUGUGGUAGGUGUUAUCCUUAAAGAAUGAAACUGAAAGGAAAGAUUGUGACUAAACCUGUUUUUCCAGCUGUUUUCUUGUAAUAUGUUGGCUGCAAGUUAAUAUGUAGAAUUAAUAUUAAUAAGACUUCUUAGUAUUAGUCUAGUGUUCAGGGAGGAAUGCUCAGUUUACAUACUAUUUGCAUAUGGAAAAAUUGGUUGCUUUUGCAUAAGACUGUGGCAAAGAGUAAAGUCAACUUGGCUUUCUGUUCAGUAUGUAAUUUGACUUUAUUCUUUGAACCAUUUGUAUUGAGCAAUUAGACUAUUUUUGGCUACUGGCACCCUUGGCAUUGUGAACUUUGCUUUACUCCUGCUCUCUGCUUAUAGUGCAACUUAAUUUAGAAGUUGGGUAACCAUCUCUAUAGAUUUUGUUGCACUAUCAUCAGAGAGCAGGAAGAAAGCAAACUUCACCAUGCCAUGGAUGCCAGUAGCCAAACAAAGUUUAAUAGAUAACAUGGGAGAUUCAGCCUUAGAGCAGAUGAUUUAAUUAGAGCAGUAGUACCAGCGUUUUGGGAUCUGAGCCCGGCCUUGGCUGGGGAAGGCGGGGUAUAAAUAAAAAAUAUUAUUAUUAUCUACUAUCUGUGACUUGGGAUCCACUUUUAAGCCCAACCAGAUGCAAGAGGUUGUUUAGCUGUUUUUCAAUACAGUACAUUUCUGUUCUUGCCUAAAAUACACACAAGAGUUUUGACAGUUUUGCUGGUUCUACCUGAGGUUGGUACAGUGGUGCCCCGCAAGACGAACGCCUCGCAAGACGAAAAACCCGCUAGACGAAAGGGUUUUCCGUUUUGGAGGCGCUUCAUAAGCAAUUUCCCUAUGGGCUUGCUUCGCAAGACGAAAGCCCAUAGGGAAAUCUCCGGUCCGCUGAAGCCUGGGCGCGCUGAUCUCAGCGCGCGCAGGCUUCGGCAUGCCGGCAACUCUCCGCGAGCAGCGGCAGCGCUGCCGCUGCUCGCGGAGAGGUCCGCGAAGCCUGGGCGCGCUGAUCUCAGCGCGCCCAGGCUUCGGCAUGCCGGCAACUCUCCGCGAGCAGCGGCAGCGCUGCCGCUGCUCGCGGAGAGGUCCGCGAAGCCUGGGCGCGCUGAUCUCAGCGCGCCCAGGCUCCGGCAUGCCGGCAACUCUCCGCGAGCAGCGGCAGCGCUGCCGCUGCUCGCGGAGAGGUCCGCGAAGCCUGGGCGCGCUGAUCUCAGCGCGCGCAGGCUCCGGCAUGCCGGCAGCUCUCCGCGAGCAGCGGCAGCGCUGCCGCUGCUCGCGGAGAGGUCCGCGAAGCCUGGGCGCGCUGAUCUCCGCGCGCGCAGGCUGCGGCAGGCCGGCACCUCGCCGCGAGCCGCGGCAGCGCUGCCGCUGCUCGCGGAGAGGUCCGCGACGCCUGGGCGCGCUGAUCUCAGCGCGCCCAGGCUUCGGCAUGCCGGCAACUCUCCGCGAGCAGCGGCAGCGCUGCCGCUGCUCGCGGAGAGGUCCGCGAAGCCUGGGCGCGCUGAUCUCAGCGCGCCCAGGCUUCGGCAUGCCGGCAACUCUCCGCGAGCAGCGGCAGCGCUGCCGCUGCUCGCGGAGAGGUCCGCGAAGCCUGGGCGCGCUGAUCUCAGCGCGCGCAGGCUCCGGCAUGCCGGCAACUCUCCGCGAGCAGCGGCAGCGCUGCCGCUGCUCGCGGAGAGGUCCGCGAAGCCUGGGCGCGCUGAUCUCAGCGCGCGCAGGCUCGGCAUGCCGGCAGCUCUCCGCGAGCAGCGGCAGCGCUGCCGCUGCUCGCGGAGAGGUCCGCGAAGCCUGGGCGCGCUGAUCUAAGCGCGCGCCGGCUUCGGCAUGCCGGCAACUCUCCGCGAGCCGCGGCAGCGCGGCCGCUGCUUGCGGAGAGGUCCGCGAAGCCUUGGCUGGACAGCUUUUGAAGGCAGGCAGGGGGGACAAAGACUUUUGCCCCCCGCCAGCCUUCAGAAGAGGUCCUGGACCUCUUCUGAAGGCUGGCGGGGGCAAAGUCUUUGUCCCCCUGCCUGCCUUCGCAGGGGCUUUUAAAUUGCCCCGGACAGCGGAGAAGUCCUCCGCUGUCCCGGGGCAAUUUUAAAAUGCCGCCCGCCAGCAUUUUAAGAUCGCCCCGGACAGCGGAGAAGCUCUCCGCUGUCCCGGGGUUUUUUAAAAUGCUGGGGGUGGGAAGAAAAGCCCUUGUCCCCCCCCCCCAGCCUUCAGAAGAGGUCGGGGGACAGACUGUCCCGGACCUGGUCUGAAGUCGGUUUCCCUAGGAACGCAUUAAUUGAUUUUCAAUGCAUUCCUAUGGGAAACCGUGCAUCGCAAGACGAAAAACUCGCAAGAAGAAAAAACUUGCGGACCGAAUUAAUUUCGUCUUGCGAGGCACCACUGUACAUAACCCACUGCUAUGAAUCUUCAGGACCUUUCUCCAACCAUUCAGUAUGCUGUCCUGUGUUGUAGAAAUGUACAAUCAAAGACUGUGACUGUGUCCUUUCUGUAAAACUGUGACUCUCAAAAGUGUCAGACUCAUAAUUACUGUUCCCCAGUUAUCCAAAGGAGAACUUCAGUAUCACAAGACUAUUGACAAAUGAACUUCAUAAUCCAUAUCCUGCAGAAUAUAAAUGUUUCAAAUAUAAAUAAAAUAUGUUGUUUUGCACAACAGCAAACCAUACUGUACUGUGUUACCUGAAACACUAACAAAUUGGUUGUGGCAUAAGCCUCUGUGGUGAACUCUUAUUUUUUGCUGCAACAUUUAACACAGCUAUCCCUCUGGAAAUUAUUUUUGAUGUUUACCUUAAUUUAAUAUAUCUUAAAAUAUGUGUGUAAUUUCACUUCCAUCUUAAGAUGAUAGAAGGCAAGAUGUGUGGUGUCUUCAUCCAUCUGUAUUUUAUCUUGCAUCUGAGAAAGAUAGGCUAAAGUGAUGGGUUUUUUCCAUUGUGCCACUGCAGUAAGAUGAGUCAUCGCUCUUCACAGGCUUUAGGCUCUUUCAGCCAAAAUGCAUCCCAGUUAGGCUGCCACUUCUUUUCGUGUUAAAAUAAGUGAAAAUGAGAAACAGAAGAGUGCUUAACAUGAGGUGGUCUUGAGAAUGAAACACGACCUCAUGCUAAAAGUAAAUGGCAGCACAUUUUAAAGGUUGCAGCCACCAUUUGAUCAAGCUUCAAAGGGAAGCUUUAUAAUGGAAUGUAGAUAAAAUUGCCUUCUGCAAAUAGGCCUUUAAAAAAAUUAUUGAAAAGUAACAUAACCUGAUAAACUAUUUGUGAAAUGUGAAAGUUGGUGAUGAGCUACUCUGUGUUCUAACAGCAUAGAAAAUAUGAGACCAGCAUUUUAAGAUUUCAGAAGCAAUCUUAAGUACAGUGGUACCUCGGGUUACAUACGCUUCAGGUUACACACUCCGCUAACCCAGAAAUAUUGCUUCAGGUUAAGAACUUUACUUCAGGAUGAGAACAGAAAUUGUGCUCUGAAGCAGCAGCAGGAGGCCCCAUUAGCUAAAGUGGUGCUUCAGGUUAAGAACAGUUUCAGGUUAAGUACGGCCCUCCGGAACGAAUUAAGUACUUAACCCAAGGUACCACUGUAUGUGGCUAUAGUUGCUUCUGCAACAGCAGUGCAGGGAAAGAAGUGUCAUUUUGACUGUCUUAAAAUUUCAACACAGUAAAUUUUAAUUUACCUUGUGUGUUGAAUGUGUCAUGGUAUGCCAAUACUGUUCAUAUUGAUAAAAUGGUGUAGGAAUGUCAUGGCAAGGUAGAAUCAUUCAUCAUCCUCGUGGUCUAGAUCAAGGUUAGCUAAUGUGGUGUCCCUUAUACAUUGUUGGACUUCCUGCAUCACCUAUAGUCAGGGAUGAUAGGAGUUUCAAUACAGCAUUAUCCGGACAUUACCAUUUUGACUACCCUUGAUCCUAGGCAUCUCUUGGAGUUUGGGGGCUGAGCUGUGCUCACCAUGGUGACUUGUAGCUUGACCUACAUUCUGGAGAGUAAUGAUUGCUGUUUCAAUGGGGUGAACGGACUUACACUUUAUGACAUAGCUUUCUACAGCUUAGUCAAAAAAUGCCGCCCGUGUUUUAUGAUGCACUCCUACUGCUCCACACUGUGUUUCACUCUCCAUCUGGCCUUGUACUAUUAUGGACUGUAGUUUUUGUGAAAUAAUUUGCCUGUUCACCUAACAGCUGAGCAGCUGUGUAUUUUUAAAUGUAAUUGUGCGGAGGGAUUGUUUCCUUCAGGUUAAUUUGCCAUAACCCAGGGGAGUAGAAUGGAGGUAGCAACAAGAAUCACAACUAAACAAGCCCUUCAAAUUAAAUUCUGGCCAAAGAAGAAAUAUUUUUUUUCCCCAGUUUGUCUUCCCAUCAUCUGAUGUAUGGUUGAUGGGCAGAAAGGGAUGUUGGAAUGCCCUGCCUAAGAAAGUGUGCUUGGCCCCAUAGUUUAGUUUUUGUCUAAGGUUUUCUAAACUGUGCAUGGAAUCGCCAUGAGUAGAGGAGGCUCCCUGCUCCAGAUCUUUACCAUCAGAUUAAUUGAAGGUGGUAAUGAUGACAUAGUGGAGAGGUUUGGCAGCACACCUGUGUCUCCAUGUUUACCUGUUAGUAGAACUAACACCAGAAUUGGGUUAGAGAGCUAGUAUGGAAAGGAAAAAUGUUAAUGCACCCUAGUGAUUUAGAGGCUACAAAUCAGGUGCAAAGAUUAUGGUUUACGUUAUCUAUGGUAUUGAGGGUAUUCUGUUUGCUGUUUGUUUGUUUUUUUUAAAAAAGGGACAUACAAUUACAGGAAACACUGGGAAUGUUUGCUGAAGUGGCAUUAGAAUAUUAAAGAAGCAUGAAAAGAUGCAAAUCAGCAUAGAUUUCUGCUCUACAGUAAUUCAUGAAUGGGUGUGAGUGCCUUGACUACUCAGCUAGAGCUAGCCCAAGACUGCAGAACAAACUAGAUGUGCUUGCUAUAAUGCAGUUUGGCAUUUCAUAGCUACGUUUUGUUUAACAAAUAGGUCAACUGGAUAUUCUGAUUGGACCAUGAUGGAAGCAAAUGAUUAAAUCCUCUCCAAACCACCACCCACAGGCAACAUUCCAAAUCCUGUAUGUCCCUUGUGCCAGCAACAUGUUAAACAAAGAACAGCCGUACAAAACGAAACUGCACAAUAAAAGUCAUGUCUAGUUUGGCCCAGAACAUCUUUCCGUAUCCAUCUUAUUUACCUGAUUUGGCAUUCUGAUUUUUUAUCAGAAUCACAAAAAAGUAACCUGCAUGGUUAGCAUUUUUCUAAUGGAGGUACCGUAAAAACUAAAGUGGUGUGGUUAAUAAAGUACCAUUACAACAGAGUGAUUUUGAAAGUGAGAUAUUGCUGUGAGAAAUGUCUAAUUUGUUUUAGGCGUCCAGUUGCUACCCCUCCCAGUUUGGUGUCACCUGCAAAUUGGAUGAGCAUCCCCUCAAUUCCUUCAUCCAAAUCGUUUAUAAAGACUUUGAACAACAGGCCUAGGAAAGAACCUUGGGGCAUUCCACUUGUCCGUUUUCUCCGGGAUAAUGAGAAACCAUUAGUGAUCACUCUUUGCUAGCUGCAACUCUACCUAACAGUAACCUCAUCCAGCCCACAUUUUACCACCUCCUUCAAAAAUAUCACUGGUGACUUUGUCACAAGCAUUUUGCAUAUUAGCCUUUUGAGUCUGUCAUGCAGAGAUCCAUAUUGUUUUUGUAGAGCUCAGUACAUAGAGCUUCUGUUCUGUUUUGUGGGUUGGAUGCAGACUUUUCUCUCACUGUUUGCUGAAGAAACCAGGAUCCUAUGGGCUUCCUGUGGAUUGAAGAAGCUCAGUGAUCUUCCCCCCACUACCACUUGCCUCACUUCUGCAAAGGGUUGCCCAACCCUCUAGAACAGUUUUUGUGGGCACGGAGUGAAGAGGAACUUAAGGGACCAUGUAUCCCAAUGGCAAAGCAUAUAUUUUAUGUGCACAAGAAAGUAUUGUAGAGUAAUUCCUGGGCAUUUAUUUAACAAAACUUGAAAAGACAUUUAUUUAAGUUGGACACUUGUUUCUAGGUAGUGUAAAUGAUAUUUGGCUAGUCCAUAUAAGGCAACUGCUUAUAUUAUAUUAUAAUUUGUCACAGUACAUUGCAAGUGAUGGACUUUCACCAUCAUUUUUUUCGGGAAUAUUUCCCUGAUAUCAACUAUUUUAGGCAAUUUAAUACUUGUGGUACUUUAUUUUUUUGACAACUUGUCUUCUGUUUUUCAAAAAACUUUCUUGGACUUCUUAGCAGAGAGUGAGGAAGAAGAUGACGUUGACAUGGAAGUUGAAGAUCAAGACAGCAAGGAGACUGAAAAGCCAAACAUCAUUAAUUUUGAUACUAGCCUGCCAACUUCACAUGUGGUAUGUGUGUCAUAUUGUUGCUCUUUCCUCAGCAUCUGUGUUCCAUGUUGGAAAUUUAGAGCCCCAGGGACUAUGUAUAUGCAACCAUCAAAAACCAUCUUCCACUCCCAAAGAGAUUUUACUUUUUCCUGUGACUUCCAAUUUUACCUCAUGGUAGUAGCAAGAAAGUGAACCUAAAUCCAGUCAUGUUCUCCUACUAGAGCGACUUUUUGCCUCAUCCUGUUAUGGAAAAAUAUCUUCUUAUAGGGCUGUGCACUCACUUCCAGUUAGCACUAUAGUCACAUUGCCUAGUAUACAGGGGUUUAGUUCCAAUGGUUGCACGUAGCCAAAAUUACCUUUUCUUUAGCCGGCAAGGAAGAAGGAGCACGGAGUGAAGAGGAACUUAAGGGACCAUAUAUCCCAAUGGCAAAGCAUAUAUUUUAUGUGCACAAGAAAGUAUUGUAGAGUAAUUCCUGGGCAUUUAUUUAACAAAACUUGAAAAGACAUUUAUUUAAGUUGGACACUGCCUCUCCUUACUUCAUAUGCCAGUGAUCACCAGGCAGAAGGGAGGAGGAGGGAGGGAGACAGAGAGACACAAAGGCAGAAGAAAAAGGCUGGAAUGGAUCUGGAACAGAGGUGCAGCCAAGCAUGUACGAUUGAAAUUGCAUAUGUUAAAUAUGUAGAAGAUGAGGCUCAAUUGUACUGCAAGCAUGGGAAACACUAGUGGCUAUUUUUGUUUUUCUUAGGGUUCCGUAGAUCUAGUCCAUUCAUCCUAAAGCUCUGUUGUCUUUAAUUUUUGCGUUUAUAAACUGUGAAUGAUUCCAAGAACCCUCCCACUGAAUUGUGACUUCUAACUGCUUUUUAUUUCUUAUUUUGGAAAGUAUUUAGGAUCUGAUAUGGAAGAGUUUCAUGGAAGGACUGUCCAUGAUGAUGACAGUUGUCAGACUAUUCCAGUCUUACCCCAUCUGAUGGUAAUGUUGAUUCCUGGACAAACACUGCCUCUUCAGCUCUUUAGUCCCCAAGAGGUUAGCAUGGUGCGGAAUUUAAUACAGAAAGACAGAACCUUUGCUGUUCUUGCAUACAGGUAAAUUAGUAAAUAGAUUUGCAGUUAUGUGAAAUUUAUGCCAUAUCUGUAAUGGAGAAUGUUAUGGACUGUUGCAUUGUUGUUUUGUGUUGUUACACUCAUUUCCUGAAAAUCUCGAGCAGCUUGGGGGCUGAGGGGGAAACCGAAGAUUCUUGAUGAAGAGGUAAUUCUGAAACAAGCUUACAGUAGCUUUUCCUGAUAUGUUGGUUUUUCUUCUUCUUAGUAACGUACUUGAAAGAGAAGCACAUUUUGGAACAACAGCAGAAAUUUAUGCCUAUCGAGAAGCACAAGAGUAUGGAAUUGAAACAGUCAAAGUAAAAGCAGUGGGAAGGCAGAGGUUUAAGGUUCUUGAAAUAAGGACUCAAUCAGAUGGGUAAGGAAAUAAGGAAUAUGUGGCAAUGUUGAACAGGGGAGCCUGUUUAUAUCCGGCAAAAUUUAACAAUCUUGCCAGUCUUAAAUUUUCUCAAAAUUCUCUCUUCACAGUUUGAUGUUGCUUAGAGAAAUAGGUGGGAUGUCUAAGUAAUGAGUAAUAAUACCUUUUAUGUGUACAGGUGUAUGGUAUGAAGGCACUUCCUUGCCAUGUAAAUAUGAUUUUGGCGGUGUCAUACUGUUAACUAAUCCAGGGUGUUUGGUGGUGUGCUACAUAAAUGCACACCUUUAAAAUUAUGGAUUAUGUCUUUAUGAAGCAGUGCAUUUAUUCUCUUCAGCGGUUCUGAAAACUAUCGCUACUUUUGUGGCACAACUGAUAUUUAUUACUCCCUUUGUCCCUCAACAUCAGAGACCUAGCAGAGGAUGAACAAUAAUAAAAUAUUUAUGUUGAAUAGAUAAUGACUCCUUUACAGAAAACAGCAUCAUAAAUAGCAAUAAUUAAUGCAGAAAUAACAUUUAAAACUGUCUUUAACUUUUAAAAAACAAACUCCUAAAUAAAAGUUCUUCCAAUUCUAAGAUUAUUAUUUUUUUAAUUAAAUUUCUAUACCGCCAUUCUUACGAAGAUCACAGGGCACUUUACAAUAUAUAUAAACCCAACAGUUUAAAAGGCCAUAGAUUGUUCAAUAAGCCAAAGGCCUGGGAGAAGAGGAAUAUUUUUGCCUGGCCAACUAUGCAGAAGGUUGGGAAAGGGGGGCUGUUUCCUGUCCUUUGCUAGAUGGGGGUUUCUGAGAUUUUUUUUUUAAAGACUUGUUUUCCUGACAGGGGGCGGUGGUGUUGACCUUCCAUAACUUGCCACCCUAAGAACCCUCAGGAACUUUUAAAUUUGGGGGUUUUCAUCUCAAAAAAACAAAAGCCUGGGUUCUCCCCCCCCCCCAAAAAAAAUCCCACUUUUUUCUUAACCUGGAAAAGUUUUAAGCCAUAGCUGGCCACUGUUGGACUACCUUUUGAAAAGGAAGCACUAGGGAAAAUAUAUGAUUAAGGUCUCUGUCUGUUUUGCAGAAAUCUGUGUGUAUAGAAUGAAAAUGAUUUAAAUACGUGUUUCCCUCGUAAUAAAUUCAUAAUCCUUACUUGGAAUGUAGCAAUUUGAACACAAGAUGGCGGCACACAUUAAUGUCAGAAACUAUAUGUGUUAUGGGAAUGUUUUUUAAACAGGGUGGUAUUCAAAGAGUAGACCUGUUAAGUUAAUGGAUGUGACUAACUUAGGUUCAUUAAUUACAGUGGGUCUACUCUGAGUUGGACUUGGUUGACUACAUCUCUAUAAGAUUGUUCUCUUCUGUAGUGGUGGCAUGGUUUUUGUAACCAUUCUACACUGGGAGAGAACAAAGGCAUCUGGAAAAAAGAGGAAUAUUGAGGAAUAAAGUUCUUUGUCUAGACCUGCCUUAUGUUUUACAUGUUUUUCAACUAAAAUUUUCGUUAUGAUUGGAUAUUACCUGUGGAAUGUCAGCUGAGUAACACAUAUCGGGAGGAGACAAGUUUCGCGAUGGCAGCAAGCUUUGCUUAAGACUUGGAACUUGUUUGGUUUUAAUAUCUUUGCCCAUUUUAAAAGAACACACUUAUAUUCAGGAGCACGUCUAUUGACCCUUGGGGUUUGACUAGCACUGGGGAAAAUCCAACCAAAUAAGUAUCCAUUAUAGGCUGCAAAAGUAAAAUGUGGAACUGAGAUUUUUUAAAUCCAUUAAAAUUUAUGGGAGUGCUUCCCCCCCCCAGAUGUCUUAUUGAUGUAGCUAAAGGGGCUGAGUAAAUAGCCAGACAGAUGCAGUUUUCAUACCUGUGUGAAAUCUCUUUAUCAGAAUACAGCAGGCAAAGGUGCAAAUCCUCCCUGAGCGAGUUCUGCCUUCAACUAUGUCAGCAGUGCAGCUGGAGUCCUGCAGCAGAUGCCACAUAUUUCCUUCUUCCAAGCCUGCAGCAUGGCAGGAUCAACAUAUACAUCAAUGGCGGCAGAAAUAUCAAAAGGUCAGAAGCUAAUGGUAUUUUUAUUUUUUACGUUUUUGGUAUGACAUUUCAAAAAUCAAUAUAAAUUCCAUCUGUGUGUCUCUCCUUUUAUAGAAAGACAUGUGAAAUGGGACGGUGCCUGUCAACCCCCUGCUGCCGCAGAUUAUUUGUGUGACUUAUCAGUUCACCACAAUGGGCAGCUGCACAUUUUAUAUUAGACAAGUUAUAAUUGGUUCCAAUUAUCUUUUGGCUACUCAUUUGAAGGAAAGGUCUUUUUUUUGUGUGUGUAAGGGAAGGAAAGUGGAGGGGGAGACUAAUUUGAGAGGCUUAAGUCAAAAUGUGUGUUAAGCUAUAUGCUGUAUGUUUCAUGCCUUAUGGAAAUGGAACAGAUUGUGACACAUUCCAUGUGUCUUCAGAGGAAUAAUGCAGGAUUAGUUCCUGCUUUCUUUCCUAUCUUAUGUACAGUGGUACCUCAGUUUAAGAACAGCCCUGUUUACGAACUAUUUAGUAUAUGAACUCCGCAAAACUGGAAGUAGUGUCUCGGUUUUCGAACUUUACCUUGCACUAAGAAUGGAACCCGAACUGUGGAAGGGCACCGGUGGCAGGAGGCCUCAUUAGGGAAAGUGCACCUCAGUUUAAGAACGGUUUUGGUUUAAGAAUGGACUUCCGGAACGGAUUAAGUUUGUGAACCGAGGUACCACUGUACUAAUAGCAAAUAUAUUCUCGAGGUGUGGAUGCUUAUGUUGCCAAAAUAGGUAAAAAGGUAAAGGACCCCUGGACGGUUAAGUCCAGUCAAAGGCAACUAUGGGGUUGCAGCGCUCAUCUGGCUUUCAGGCCGAGGGAGCCGGUGUUUGUCCAGACAGCUUUCCGACUCAUGUGGCCAGCAUGACGAAACCGCUUCCGGUGCACUAACUGCGCACAAGGAGGAAGUGUUUGCAUGCUUGAGGAAGCCCCAAGGUUUGGUGAAGUACAACAAAUAUUGUGGGACUUGUUACAAGAACAUCCUAGGAGAAUUGUGCGUGCUCAUUUGGGCAGAAAAUGAAAACUGAGGGUGGGUAAAUGAUGUACAGUGGAACCUCAGGUUACGUACUGUCCUCCUUAUGAACACUUUGGGUAACGAGCUCCGCUAACCCAGAAGUAGGUACUCCUGGUUGUGAACUUUGCCCUGGGAUGUGAGUGGAAGUCGUGCACCAGCGGUGUGGCAGCAGCGAGAGGCCCCUUUAGCGAAAGUGUGCCUCAUGUUAAGAACGGUUUUGGGUUAAGAACGGACCUCUGGAGCAAAUUAAGUUUGUAACCGGAGGUACCACUGUAUCCUGGAAAAACUGGUGGGACUAUGAGCAGGAACACACCACACUACAAAACUUGUUUUCAUGUUUCCCUUUUUCUAAUUGUAUGGAAAAAGUGUGGACUGGGGCUGGAUCUAGACACAUCAAAGAAGCAUUUCAGUUUAAAGUGUUAAUUUAAACAGGGAAAGCAGGUAGAGAAAAAUGGGACUCCACAUUGCCAUCUGGUGGCACAAUGUUAUGUAGCACACACAACGCAUAUACAUCUUUUUCUUUGACACUCUAGCUCAGUCCUAAGUCAGAUUGGUUGAUGGCUGCAAACUUUUUACUUUUGAUGCGUAAGAACAUAAGAAAUGCACUGAUAGUUUAAGCUAAAGAUGCAUAUAGGGUAGCACUCUGUUCUCACAGUAGCCAACUGGAUGCCCAAAUGUAGCCAGAGGUGCAGGUGCUUGGUGCAGAAAUCUGGGACCCUGUUUAUUAGAGCAGCCCCAAAACAUGUCUUCUUCCCUUUCCAAGUGACUUGCCUGGAAAAAGAGAGCUUUCAAUCUCUCGGAAGAAACCUGCAGGCACCUGAAGGGUACUAGAUGAAGAAGAGCACAAACUAAUGACCCAGCCCUGUUCAGAUAGUGUUUUGGAUCAAAUCUUCCAGUUGCUCAACAUUAUCCAAGUAAACAGGAUUCACUGAGAUGCUCUUGCCGUGGGGGCUAUGUGCUGUGCAGUUCCUAUUCUUUUGAAGAUGAGCACUAUCCUGUUAUACCCGAAUAGUUUUCCUCAGACUUAACACCAUAACUUUUCCUGACCUUAAUGGUCAUGCAUGUUCAAGCCUUAGCGAGUUCCUGGCAGUUUUGUUGCCACUCUCCAUAGUAAAGUACUUAAAUGAGAAGUUUUGAAGUAACUAUUCAAUUGGGUGCAAUUCAGACUAGUGAACUGAAGGGGAAAUUGGUAUGAAGACUUCUGAUUCUUCAUCAGAGGAAGGUGGAUUCCCUCACUUCUAGCUCCAGUUACACUUCUAGGUUUGAAUUCACUGCAACAGGUGUGUGCCAUUUUAUUUAUUUUUGGCAUUUUGUGACCGUGUGGUUCUUCCAUUUAUCAGUAAUACAUCUGUUUAAACUCUCUCAAGUUCCAAUUGAUCUCUUUACACCUCUUAUGGACACAUAGUUCCUACUGCCUAGUUAUGUGCCUGGCUAAGCUGCUUUCUGGAGUUCUCUAUUCUGCCCUUAUCUAUUGCCAGCCAGGCCAUUCCCAAAUUUGCUUCACUCUCGGUCUCAAGCAAUCACAUCCUUCUUAUUAAAGGAAUAUUUUUUAUAUUAAUCUUCACUUCUUUGGAUACCUGCUGUGAUAGCCUCUUUCAAUGCAGAGCACAGGUCUGUUUAUCAUAAAUACAAUUAUUCCCACAAGCACUAGUUUAACAAAACUUUUUUCUUUUUCUUUUUUUAAGUCUCGGAAUAAUCUCCCAACACCAGACUUCUUCAGUGCUUGUGUAAAGUCACUCACAUUUCCUCUCUUGGUAUUAAUUUGCUCGCUUUGGGGAAAGGUAGAAUGUGUGGUUCAUCCAUGUAGCACUAUUAACAAAGACUCACCCUCAAAAUAAAACUUGCAGAAAAUAGUGUUAGCUAUUUGAACCAUUGCUCAGAGUAAAUCUGAUGUCUUUAAAAAGUCCUUAAGUGGGCUUUUAUGGUCCCUAAUUUUGGAGGUAACUUAAAAUGACUGUUAUAUCUUCAAGGAAUAUUGUUAGCUUUCCUCUCCCUUUUGUGAUCUCUUGGAUCCCUUUUUCCUUUUUUUGAGGCUUAGCUCCCCCCCCCCUAAUUGCUGUGUUUCAGUUAAUAACUGGAAUGUAUACAUGAGCUUUGCAGCUUCCUGAUAUAUGCAGCAGCGUAGACACAGCUUCACUUAACCCAAGCCGUUUGUUUGAAGAGGUUUUCUGUGCGAUUGCAGCAGCUUGGACCUCAUAAAUGCAAGCAGACCAAGGUUGCUUUCACACAAAUGAGAAUGCCUUGCAUUCAUUUUGGCCUGCAGCAUUCACACAGUGGUGUGCUGUGAAAAACAAGGAAAUAGAUGUGUUUAUAUCAGUUUGUAUUCUGUUGUGGCUUUGUAUGAAGCAACUCAUGCGAAGGAAGCAUUCCAUUUUUGCUUAUUUCCCCUGACCUACUACCCAUUUACAGUCCUUGAAAAGUUGCUCCUGAAGUGGGCAUAGUUUGAAUAAUGGCCCAGAGGUUUGUAGAAGGUUGGACUGGGCAAUAUAUCAUCCAAUACUGGUUUGAAGUCCUCUACUGUGAUAUCAGUUUCAUAAUUUUUGACCUGGCAAUAUAUAGUGAAUCAUAAUGCAUGUGUGUGUGCUCUGCAAAAAUGACAAUGUGGGAACAACUGUGAAGCCAGUCUAUGCCUCUACAUAGCUCCUGUUGGUUUCUAUUUCCCUCACUGAGCAGCAACUGCUGUCAUGAGACAGGUGUUUACAUUCCACAGUCUGUACUGUUGGAGUUUCUCACGGGAAAGGGAGACUGGAUGUGACGUACACUGGUUUCCUGUUUUUCACUCUGUGUUUCUCUCCAAGCUGUCGAGGAGAGAGGAUGCAUUUUCUGCUCUCACGCAGAGGCAAGAUGUCUUUCUGUAAUAUACCAGCUUUGAACUGUAAAUAAAGCAAUAAAGGAGUAUGUAACACGUAUUACUCAUCCUUCCGCUGGCAACCAGACUCUGCUUUAAAUCAACACGUGGUUAUGGACUCCAGGAGUCGAAUCGGAGUGCCGGCAAAGGAUCGGAAUGCAGAGGACGGAUCGGAAAGGAAUCUGCUCUGCGCGUAGAAGUGAUUGAUGAGGUAUGUGCUACUGCUCCGGGCAGCCUGCCAGCUUCAAGUUAAUGGCUUUAUGGCUGGACUUUGAACUUUUAAAGCCGGUUUUGCAAAUAGGCAAAAGGCUCCCAGGCACAAGUCACUAUGCUGGGGAAAUCGAAAGUAACUUUUAAGUGUGCCUUUGUAAUGAGACAGCUGCAGCAGUGACGCAGCAAGAUUUAAAGCAGAAUAUGACGCUGAAGGCUAAUGCCAGAGUCAUGAUGGCCCUUCAGGAUGCUUGUGGGAUUCCUAAGCUCAACAAGAAAAAUUACAGCGACUGGGUUCAGUAUGCAGAGGCAAUUCUGCGGAAAGAGGGUUUGUUUGAGGUGAUUACAGGAACCCCCCCAGUUCCAGUUACAGAUGCAUGGGAAGCUAAGGAUUCCAAAGCAAGGGGAACUCUUACAUUGAUAGUAUCCCCAGAAGAGCUCUGUCUGUUGCGUGAUAAGACCUCAGCCAGAGAAAUUUGGGACGCUCUGAGAGAGGCUCACUUAAGGACAGAAGCUGGAUCUACUAUGUAUUAUUUUAACAAGCUGCACAAUAUGGCUCUUGCUGAAGGUGGAGAUGUGCGUUUACAUUUGAUGGAGAUGCAAAAUCUGAGACAUGAGCUGCAACAGAGAGGACUCAACUUUCCAGAGGCUGUGUAUUCUUUCAUGAUACUACAAUCUUUGGGUUCAGGUUGGGAGUCUGUUGCAACCCAGAUUGCUGUGCAACCAACUGCUCAGCUGACAGUGGACUUUGUUACUGCCGUGAUUUUAAAUGAAGCAGAUCGCCGGGUGCUAGCUGCAUGGGCAAGGGAGAGUCUUCACAGACGUCAUCCCAUAGUGCAGUGGAACCACCAGAUGGCGCCAAAGCUUUGAAGGCAGUGAAAUGCUACUCGAGUGGACGUCUAGGCCAUAUGAAGAGGGAAUGCAGACAUUCCAGGGCCAAGACAGAGCAGCGCAGCGAAAGCUCAUCGCGCGGAAAAGGCCGAGGCAAAGGCAAAGGUCCGGUGUCUAGGACAACGCAGCACAAGGCUAUGGUUUCACGCUUCACUCCAAAGGUUGCAGAGGUCCAGAAGACGUCUAGAUCUUUCUUCGUUGUUGAUUCAGCGGCCACCCACCACAUGUGCAACGAUAAGAAACUGUUUGUGUCUUUUACACCGCAGGAAGGUGCGAUUCACCAGGCGGAUGACCACACUAUUCCCAGUAAAGGCUACGGAACUGUUGUUCUUCACAGUUUGGACUUAUCGAUACAGAAUGUGCUUUACGUGCCAGACACCAAACAUAAUCUGCUCAGCGUUGGACAGCUGAAUGAGCGGAACAUUGACGUUUCCUUCAAGAACAAGAAGUGCAUCAUCACAAAGAAAAAUGAUUAUGUAUUGCAUGCAGAAUAUGUUGAUCAUUUGUUUGUUUUGUAUUAUGAUGAUGUGAUGCAGGAUGACACUUGUUGCAUUGCAGGUUCUAACAAAAGUUUGCAUGCAGAAUGUAUUCACGAUUUUCAUCGAAAAUUUGCUCAUUUGCAUUUUGAGGCAGUAUCUAAAAUGCCUGCCUUGGUUGAAGGUAUGACUAUUAAACCCUGCAGGUACCACAUGAAGUGCAAAGCAUGCGCAGCAAACAAGGUGAAAAUGGCUGCAAAGGUAAGGUGUCUAGUAGGAAAGCUACAGAACCAUACCAGGUUGUUCAUGCUGAUUUGGUUGGACCACUAACGCCCUCUUUGGGUGGAAAUAGAUACUUCAUGGUUCUCAUUGAUGCAUUUUCUAGAUAUAUUUUUGUGUACAAUCUCAAGCAGAAAUCGGAGGCUUUUCCUAGGUUCAAGGAAUUCUGUGCUUGGUUGGAAAAUGUGCAUGGUAAGAAGAUAAAGACUCUUUUCAGUGAUCGCGGGGAAUUCACUUCUCAGCAGUUUGAAGCUUUUCUGACUGAGAAAGGAAUUCAACACGAUUUGUCUAGUCCUCGCUCGCCAUGGCAGAAUGGACUUGCGGAACGGGCAAAUCAGACAUUGCUUCAAGGAUUAAAAACCUUGCUGCAUGAUGCCAAUCUUCCAGAGAGUUAUUGGGCCGAAUCUCUCUCGUGUUUUGUUUACAGUUACAAUCGCAGAUUAUCUUCAGCGAUUGGUUGUACCUCUAUGAGAAGAUGUUUGGCAAGAAGCCAUACAUCAAACACAUGAAGAUUUUUGGUUCUGACAUGUGGGUUCACUCACCACAAAACUCCAAGUUAGACAAGCGUGGAUUGCAUGGUAUCUUUCUAGGUUAUCAGAAAGGGUCUUACAGAAUAAUGAUGACUGACUCUAAGACAAUUAAGCUCACGAGAAGUGUUGAGUACAAUGCAAAGUGGGGGGAGAAUGUGGGAAUUUUCCAAUGUUAUCCUGAUGAUGGUGAUGAGACUGAGGAUAAUCAAAAGCAACCACAACAGCCCACACCCACUGAUGAAGGUUCUGAGUCUGAAUCUGAAACUGAAUCGGGUGAUUCAGAGGAUUUCAAGAGUGCGAAAGCCUCUAUGCGACCCUCUGAAAGCUCUGAUCAAGAAUUGGAGGAACCAUUGUUCACAAUAGGUCGUUUUUCUCCUCAGAAGGAAGAGGAGAGUGUUGAAGACUUAAGGCUAAUUCGUAGGUCACAGAGAGCCACAAAAGGCAAACCUCCAAAGAGAUUUGCUGAUGAGUUUGCUACGAUAGCAGUGACAGCUGUUAAAAGCUCCAAGAAGGUAUUUGAACCUUCAAGUUUCCAAGAAAUCCAGGGUUUGGAUUCAAAGGAAGCUGAGCCAUGGUUAAAUGCCAUGAAGGCUGAGCUUGAUUCCUUAGAAAGGAACAAAACAUGGGAACUAGUUCCAGUAGUUCCAGGAAUGAAACUGCUGGAAGCAAAUGGGUCUUCAAAGCGAAGACAGAUCAAAAUGGCAAGAUAGUCAGACACAAAGCCAGAUUGGUAGCCAGAGGUUUUGCACAGGUACCAGGUGAAGACUAUCACGAGACCUAUUCACCCACAGUGAGAUAUGAAAGCAUUAGGCUUAUGCUUAAGCUAGCUGCAGAGGAAAAUCUACACAUUAGUCACCAUGAUAUUAAUACAGCUUUUCUGUACGGAUCUCUAGAUGAAUCACUUUAUAUGCUUCCACCUGAUGGCGUACAGAUAAAACAGGGAUUUGUUUGUGCUCUGAAGAAAUCCCUUUAUGGUCUCAAACAAAGUGCACGGUGUUGGCACACAAAACUCACUGAAGUAUUGUUUCUCUAGGUUUUCAGCAAGGGAAAGCUGAUCCAUGUGUAUUUGUCAAAGAGGAGGGGCAAAAGAAACUAUACUGUUUGUUUUAUGUUGAUGAUUUAUUAUUCUUUUGGAAAGAUGUUGCAAUGUACAAUAGCGCCCUAGCUCAACUGAAAGAGCACUUUGACAUGAAAGAUCUUGGUGAGGUAAACAACUACCUAUCUCUGGAAAUAGAGAGAGAUCAAGAUGGUAACAUUCUAGUACACCAGUCACAGAAAAUUGCUGAUGUGUUAAGCAAACUAAAUCUGAUGGAUGCUAACCCUGUAGACACACCGAUGACAACAGGUUAUCAGGUAGAUGACACUGAAGAAGCAUUUUCUGACACUACACUGUACAGGAGUGUGCUAGGCAAGCUAAACUUCAUUGCCAGAUGUUCAAGACCAGACAUUGCUGUUAGCUGUAAUUUGCUAAGCAGAUAAGUCAACAAUCCUAGUGUCAAGGAUUGGAAAGCUCUGAAACGCAUAGCGCGGUAUUUGAAAGGCACUAUGCAUUACAGACUGAGAUUUAACAAUCAGAAGUCUGGUGGUCUUGAGAUAUUUGCAGAUGCAAGUUUUGGAAGUGACGCUACAGACAGGAAAAGUACGUCUGGAGUUUGCUACAUGUACAAUCAGAGUCUGUUUGAUUGGUCGUGCAAGAAGCAAACAACAGUUAGCUUAAGUACUUGUGAAGCUGAACUGAAUGCACUGUCUUAUUCACUUAAGGAUUGUGAAUGGUUAGUACAAUUGUGCAAAGAUAUGAAAAUUCCUGUCAAAUGUCCAAUCCAGGUUUACCAGGACAACAAAGCAUGUUUGGCUUUGCUGAAGUCUGAAGGUUGUAAGCAAAGCACAAAGCACUUGCAACUAAAGUUGCAGCAUGCUAGGGAAUGUAUUCAGAAGGGACUCGUAACGGUGUCCUAUAUGCCAGAUGAUGAAAUUCCUGCUGAUGUAUUGUCCAAGAUUGUAUCAAGGGAUCAACACUGUACCUAUGUGCAGAAGUUGGGUUUGUACUGAUACUGUACGAACAUGCUGCCCAGUGAUGUUCACAGAAAGGGGGAGGAUGUUGGUUUCUAUUUCCCUCACUGAGCAGCAACUGCUGUCAUGAGACAGGUGUUUACAUUCCACAGUCUGUACUGUUGGAGUUUCUCACGGGAAAGGGAGACUGGAUGUGACGUACACUGGUUUCCUGUUUUUCACUCUGUGUUUUCUCUCCAAGCUGUUGAGGAGAGAGGAUGCAUUUUUCUGCUCUCACGCAGAGGCAAGAUGUCUUUCUGUAAUAUACCAGCUUUGAACUGUAAAUAAAGCAAUAAAGGAGUAUGUAACACGUAUUACUCAUCCUUCCGCUGGCAACCAGACUCUGCUUUAAAUCAACAGCUCCAUCCUUAUUUCAGACAUUGUAUAUUGUGAAGUUCAGUUGGUGGUAUAGCAUAAUGUUGAAAACCAGAUAUCACCCAGCCCUAGUAGGAGGAUUGGCCAAAAUUGCAUGUCCCACCUUGUCUCACUUAUUAUUAUUUUUUAAUCACAUUUUGAUAUACCCAUAGAUUUUACUUUAUUAGUUUAGUUUGUAAUUGAUGAUGAUUAUGCCUUUAAAGAGUGAGAGUUGUGCAAUAACUUUCAGGGCUAAAAAACCCUUCAGUAGCAAUUCAAUGGUUCCAAAGUGUACCCUCACAGAAGUAAAAACAGGGUUAAAAUGUUUACUUCUGUGAGGGUACACUUUGGAACCAUUGAAUUGCUAGGCAGCAUGAUCUGAAAAGCAGUUGCAAUAGGCUAUUUGGUUUUUAAGUAAUGUUUGCACUAUUGGGGUUGGUGUGAAUAAAAUCAACUUAAACGGCAAUAUUUGGAAUUAUCACAGUAGAAAUAUCAACCUGAUGUCUCCGGAUAAAAACAGUAUUGGAUACUAUGUUUAAAGAUAUAAAUAAUGGGGAUCAAGCACAUUUCUAUCUACUCACCAGGGUUUUCUGAGGUUCACAAGGUGUGUUUUGUACCUUGAUCGUAACAUAGUGAAACAAAUAAUUAUGCUAAUAGAGCAUGCAUUGGGGAGGGGAGAUUUGCUUGAUGAAAUAUUUAUAGAAGUGUUCUCUUUCCUCUAGUAACUGAAGAAUAUCAUUUAUUACUUAGCAGUAACGGUAAAUAUCUAUAUCUGUUUUGUGUUGCAGCGCAAAUUCCACUGUGCUAGUCUGACUUCCUGGCCGUCUUGGUUGUAUUCCUUAUAUGAUGCUGUAAGUAUUAAUAAGGUCUUGCUCUUGGUUUUAUCUCUCAAUCUGGCAUGUUCUUUUUGCCUCCAAGAGAACAAACCUAUGUUUUAAAAUGGCAGCUAACCAGUGAACUGCUACUAUGUAUUAGAUAUCUGACCUUCUGUCAGAUAUUGCCAAGGAAACACAAGUUGCUGUCUCAGCAAGAUCGCUGCCCCCACGGCCUAUACCUAAACAGCAUUGACAGGUUCAACCACCUCUCGACCAGCAUGCAAUCGUCUUGGUCGAGACUAACAAGAGUGGGAACCUCUGGACUGUACAGGUUCUGCAAGGGAUAGAUAUAGUCUGCCAAUACACACUGGAAUCCACCCUGCAAUCAGGAAUGACAAAGUGGCAGGAGCCAGGAGUUUGAUGAAGAAGAAACUGGGUCGUAGGCUAAUUCAGCAGCAGGAUUACAUGGUUUUAUUAUGCCCUACAUCUGCCAUCCAACACACCUUCACCAAGGGGUGCCUGAGACUAUCAACUGAUAAGAUUGAUGAUUGCUAAAUGGAUUGUAUCCAAGGAUGACUCCUUUCCAUGAGUGGAAACCCCAUGGUGAAAUCACUGGAUACCACUCAUAAUGUUUUAAUAUGUCACAAUUCCCUCAACCCUUACAGAGAGCUAAUUGGUUGGCAUACAUAUGUUUAGAACAAGAAAGGUGUACUAUGUGCCCAUCUUGCCCACGGAUAAAACAGUAUGAUUCAGGGGGUCACCAAGCUUUUUGAAGUAGUGGGGACAUUUUGAAUUUUGAAAGAGGGCUGGGGGUGCCAAGCACAAAAUGGCUGCCACAGAGGGGCAUGGCAAUAAUGCAGAAUUAAUGAGACAACCAUGCCUGAAAACCUUUUUGUUACCAUGGGAAUUCAGCCAAGUCCUACUUGUCCUGAUUGUGGAGAAAACACGCAGAGAGAGAGAGAGGGAGAGAGAGAGAUGCUGUUGCUAUCUAACAACAGGAAGCAUUCCUUGGUACCAUAAAAAAUACACAAGGUAGCCGUACAACUCUUAUUCCAUAGAAGCAGGUACCUGCACAUUUUGCCCCAUAACUUUAUUUCUAGGAGGCCUAAAUACUAUUUGGAAAUGAAAGCUCAGCGAUUUGGGCACCACUGUAAGACUUCAGCUGUGCCAUGGCUUAACACCAAGCUGAAAUUCAUACAAGUGUGAAUUAGACAUUGAUACAUGUAUGGAUUUCAGCUUGGUGUUAAGAAGCUGCACCUUUCUUAAUAAAACUUUACUGCAAAAGAUAUAGCUAGAUACACUUUCUCUACGUUAUUCUUCAUUCUUAUUUUUUUAAAAGAAAAAGGAGUUUGUAUGUUUAAAUUAGGUUUUUCUUCCAACACAAGGAAACCUUGAUGGAAAGAGUCAAGCAGCAGCUGCACGAGUGGGAUGAAAAUCUUAAAGAUGAAUCGCUUCCAUCAAAUCCAAUAGGUACUCUUAAUAAAUAACUUUUACUUGAAAAUUUUUCUUGUUUGCUUCUCUAUGCACUUUAACUGAUAGAAGAAAAAGUUGCAUUUGCCUAGCAAAGUAGGCUCUGAUCAAUGAAAGCUCAUGGCCGCAUUAAGACACUACACAUUUUCUAGUUCUCCAUGGUAUAGGGGAUUGGCCAUGAACAGUGUGUAUUCAAGACAAUAAGAUUCAAUUCACAUCCCAGUUUGGCAUUUAAACAACCUGAUUUCAGUUCACAGUGAUUCAGACAUUGCCUAAUUUGGAAAAUUUAAACUUUAUGUUUUCACAUGCAGGAUUUUUUUUUAAAUCUAGCUUUUCUCCGUUUGACAGACUUGGAUAGAGUUUGUGGGCAUAAUAGCCCUUCCUGGAUGGAUAAAGCCGGUCAAACCCUAGGGCUUUAGUUUGUGCUGGGCAGCAUUUUACGCAUGCGCGCACACACACAGCAUUUCAGAAAGCAUUUACUUAUCCUAGCCUAUUGUUUUGUGGGAAAUUUGCCUAAAAAGGGAAUACAACAGAGAGGUAUUCCUAGCUAAGAACCCUGCCAAAUUUUGGAAAGAUGUAUAGUGGGUUAUUGGCAGUAGACACCAUUUUAAAGUUGAUUUUGUGGGGAGAACUUCCCUUCCUGUGGUUUUGUGGGCAGCAAUUUUAUUUUGAAAAUGGCAUGCAUAACAGAGGUGUUCCUAGAAAAGUCACCUGCUAAUUUUCAAAUGGAGAGACUAGGAAGCUAUUAUGAAUAGUGAGGGGAACAGCUUCAAAACCAUUUUCUGCUCAGUUGACACCAACAUAGCAGAAAACCAUAGAAAGUAAGUGCAAAGCUAGUUUGAGAGAUGUGAAUGUGUGGGCAUGUAGCAAAGCAGCAGCAGGCCUUGAAUGUCCAGCAUUGUCCAAGCAGGGACUACUAGGAGGGCUACUAAAAGAGAAUGAAAUAGGCACUAACUGAUUUCUUCCUGAUUAGAGGCUAGACGGUUCCAAAAAACAAAGAAAGAUACCCCUCCCUUCUAUCUCUCCAUCCUGAUAUUUUCCUUAUCUGGCUAGCUUUGGGAGAAAGAUUUCACUUUUGACAAGCACAUUGUUUCCAGUAUUUAUUUUACGAAUCUCAAUGCAUAAAAGGCUUUGGAGAUUCCUGCUUUAUUUCAGAGUGCUUUGGCAAGACCCUAUUUUGGUUCAGAUAAAUUGCAAAUCUUUGGCUCAAGGUUCAGGACUUGUCUGGAUCUAACACACACCCCUGUUCCCUCUGUACCUUUUAGAGUUGUCCGCUUUAAAUAGCACAUAAGUGUGCUUCCUUCCCAACAUUGCAGAUUUUCAGUGUGAAAGCCACAAAAAAUGGCUUAUAUGUGGUCAUUGUCGAGUAAUAGACAAUAUAGAUUUCUACUAUCACAUGUAACCCCAGCAGGCAUCAAACAGAAACUUCCAUUACUAUACAAGUGAGCGGCUCAUAUUUAUAAGAAAAUGGAUUAACUAUGUGGUUUAACAUUGCCUUUGCUCUUUGCCUUGCUUUACAAUUUGCAUAAUGCAGCCUGAGAGAGUUGCAUCAAAAAAGCAAUAUUGUCACCUUUUUGAUUUUUUUCUUUUUAAUGCUAUAUGUAGUGCAUUUUUUAAAGAUCAUAGUCCAUAUGCAUCUGCUAAAAAGCAUGUGGCAGAAAUUGCCACUUCGUUUAUUCCAGUUGAGCUGAUGCCAAAAAAGAUUGCUGGUAGAUUGUGAUUGAUUCCUUGUAAUAGUUAUGCACUGAUUAACUGGAAAUUAUAAUGUGCUGUGUGUCUGAUUGACCUUCUUUUAAAUAUAUGAAAUUGAAUUUCUUCAGAUUUUUCAUACAGAGUUGCUGCUUGUCUGCCCAUUGAUGAUGCACUGCGAAUUCAGCUGCUUAAAAUUGGUAGUGCUGUUCAGCGAUUACGAUGUGAACUAGAUAUAAUGAACAAAGUAAGUGUACUGAACUCUUUACAAGGUCUUGAAAUUGUUCUCUUGCUUACCUGGGAGCAAGUUCCCAGUUAAGACUUUUGAGUAGACACAAGGCUAUCAAUAGCUACUAGAUACGAUGGCUAUAGGCUGCCUGCAGGCUCGGAUACAGCGUGCUCCUGACUAUAGACACUUGGACACAACAAUGGUUGAGUGCUAUUGCACUCAUGCUCUGCUUUUGAACUUCUCAUUGUCAUCUGGUUGGCCGCUUGUGGAAAAUGGGAUGUUGAAUGAUGAUGUCCAGAGGGACAGUCAUGGAUAGGGACAUUGGGCACUCUGCUCCAUCACUGGGUCUAGAGUGUUUCCAGUUUUGCAAGUCUUAGGUCUUUACAGCUUUCAAUAAGGUUGUUGUCAACUUUAUUACAUUUCAUGUGUCGGUCUCUUCAUUGCCGCCACAGAAAAAGAGUUUCAGGAAGCAGUUAUGAAAACUUCUUAAAGGGAAAAUAAGGUUCCAAGUGGUCUCCUUUUUAGGAAAAGUUACUGGAUUAAACCUGCUUUGCUUGCAAUUUAAAGUAUUUAAACAAAAUGUUUUGCGGAUCUUCCGUUCUGUUAGUUAAAAAAUGUUAGUUUCCCCAUUUAUGUUUGCUUUAUUGCUUUUGUAGUGUACGUCUCUCUGCUGUAAGCAUUGUCAAGACACAGAAAUAACUACUAAAAAUGAAAUAUUCAGGUGAGUUUGCAAAGGGCUUACACUGUAGAAAUUGCCUUGAAAUAAAUACCCUCUUAGCUUCUAAACUGCAUUUUAACAAUUAUACAUUUUAUUAUUUUAGCAAGCAAUUUGUAAAGAUUGCAUUUUAGGUGGAGAAUAAUACCAAAACAAAUAUAAACAAAUAUAUAUAUAUUGGACUACAAAUGUUUGGCUCUAAGUGGAUCUCACUGAUACAUGUGAAAAUCACUGAGAGUGCUCAUGUUCUCUUAUAGAAAAUUUUUAUUCUGCUGCUGAGAAAUUUUCACAGAAACAUGUUAAGGCAAUGAACCAAUUAUGUGGUUGUUGACCAGAUUGUUGAAGCAGGUAACAAAAUGUUUUGGGGCAGAGUGUUUCUUGAAAUGCCAUCCCUUGACCUCAGAUAGUCUUGGCUGGUCUCCCCCUUACUAUCUAGCUAUCUAUCUUUCUAUGUAUUUUUAUACUAUUAUUAUUAUACCUAUAUACUACUGUAUCAUAAGAAUAUAUUACAGCUGUUUACAAUAUAAAAACAUAAAACCAAAUAACAACAUAAUAAAAAGGUAACAAAUUAAAACAAAAAACAUUAAAAAGAUAGACCAAUUUAUUUAUUAAAAUUUUUUAUAGCAUUCACCUACAAUUCCAUGUUUCUAUGAUCUCCCCCAUGAUGAAUAUUAAUGUUAUUUCAAAACAGUAAUAUUCCCCAUGUCUAAUUUCUCACCAGCCACCAGUAUCUUGAGUGUUCGAAGUUGACUUUUAAAAAUUUGUUUCUUGCAGUUUAUCUCUUGGUGGGCCUAUGGCUGCAUAUGUGAAUCCUCAUGGAUUUGUGCACGAGACACUUACUGUGUACAAAGCUUGCAACUUGAAUCUGACUGGCAGAUCUUCCACAGAGCACAGCUGGUUUCCUGGGUAAUAAAAUGCCUCUCAUUAAUGCUAGUAGGUUUGGGUAUUAAUAUGCCGUUUGAAUGCUUUUGCUUUUUACUGUAUUGGUGUAUACCUCAUACAUAGCGUAUACCCUAAGAACUAGUAAAAUAAGAGUACCUGGGAGGUGCCAAAAAAACCAAGCCCCCAGAAUAUUGAGCGUUGGGCAGACUGGUAAGACACCUUAUUCAGAUGUGCAAUAUAUUUCUUCCUUAUCCAUCACAAAGCUCCUUGUGGCUCAAGCAUUUCUUUUAAUUUGUACUCACCAUUCCUGCAUGCAGAUAAUGAUUUUUUUUAACAACUUCAGGGCAUAGAAAACAGAUAUUCCUGCUUCUGUUCUGGUUCAAAUGCAAACUGGAUUAUUGCUUGUUUGGAAAUACUCUCAUAAGCAUUACCCGUCAGGGAAAGGUUUCUAGCCUAAACAUCUGAAUAACCUCUAAGCAAAUUUGUUAACUCAUAUUCUAGAAGCCACCCCUAUAAUUUUAGUUCAUGCCCUUAAAUUGGUUGGAUUCUGCCUGGAACAUGUGCAAAUGAUUCCUCUAUCUGAAGUACUAUACAGUUGUACCUUGGUUUUUGAACAGCUUACUUCUCGAAUGUUUCGGCCUCCGAACGCUGCAAACCCGGAAGUGACUGUACUGGUUUGUGAAUUUAUUUUUGGAAGCCAAAUGUCUGGUGGGGCUUCCGCAGUUUCCAAUUAGCUGCAGGCUGCAUUCAGAAAGCGUGCUUUGGUUUUCGAACGUUUUGGAAGUCGGACGGACUUCCAGAACGGAUUCCGUUGGACUUCCAAGGUACGACUGUGGUGGCUUUGCUACUCUGAGCUCCAAGUGACAGUAAGGGCUAUUGCAAGUAGUGAUUUAUGAGAUAUAUCCUGCUCAAAAAGGCUAAUACGAUGCUGUCCACUCCUAGGUAUGCAUGGACUAUAGCAGAGUGCAGAAUCUGCGGAAGCCACAUAGGCUGGAAGUUUACUUCAACAAAGAAGGAUAUGUCACCUCAAAAGUUCUGGGGAUUGACCCGUUCUGCCCUGCUGCCAAGGAUUCCAGAAACAGAGGAUGAAUCCGGUAAAAGAUCACUGUUGCUUUGCCUGUGAUCAGAUAACCUUACCUUGGAUGAAUUAGCAGUCAGUGUCUUCUUUAAAAAAAAAAAUCUGCAAAGUGCUGCAUCUUAUGUCUGAUUAUCUAAAAGGACCUGUUCACCUGAGCUUUGUGCAGAUAAAAGUACUGUUGCUUCCAAAGGCCCUGGUUUAGACUUCUGAAGGAAGAAGUACCAAACGUGCGACGGAGAUGAGAAAAAAAGCAGUUCCCUCCCCCCCCCCCAAUUCUUUCAUAAACACUGAAACAGAAAGCUCAGACUUAGAUUUGCCCUUUAAUAGUGCAAGAAGACUCAUACUAUCGGUGGGAAGAUAAAACUGUGGAGGAUGAAUGA